AUGGAAAUUAAUAAAGAAGAAUCCAAACCAGUCAGUGAGAUUCCUGGAAGCGUGGACACCAACGGUCACCCACAUCUCGUUCGGGUAAAAACACCAGAAGCUCGAGGAGACAACGAUGUCGCAUAUACCGAAUGUCCAUUUGCUGAUUACGGUUGCACAGUUACUGGAGAGGCUAUUCAAAUCCGUCGACACAUACGUGAUGGCAGCGUACAACAUCUAACAAUGAUGUGCAAGACAGUGAAAGACCUGUCCAAAGAAACAGAAAAAUCGCUUGAACAGUCUACAAAACUUUAUGAAGAAUCUGAAGUAACUGUUAGAAAAAUUAACGAAAUUGGAAGUUUAUACAGAGAUACGAUAAAAAUCCUUUCUUCAUUUAGCUCACAAUACAUAUGGCGCAUUGAUGGAUACAAAGAAUCCUUCUUGGAAGCACGUCGUGGCCGUCGUUCUAUUAUAUACAGUCCGCCAUUCUACUCACACCGUCAAGGCUAUAAACUUGCUGCUGCUAUAGCACUUUACGGUGAUGGAGACGCAAUCGGUGAAUACAAUUCUGUAUUCCUCACAAUUUUACGCGGAGAUAAUGAUGCGAUUUUACCCUGGCCCUUCAAAUGUCCCAUAACGUUCACUUUGGUGAAUCUCAAAAGUGGCAAAGACGUUGAAGCUACCGUCACUCCACGCAUCACCGAAAACAAUAUGCCAUUCCUAGGCAGACCGCGUUCGGAUCGAAACCCUGCCUUUGGAAUCAAAACUUUCACUGACCUUCGCCUGAUGAGCGAAGAAACAAACUUCGUCGUCAACAAUACAUGCUUCCUUAAAGUGGACAUAGACCUAGAACCAAUUCAUAAAGUCAUUGGUUAA